UCUCUUCUCUCUCAGCCUCUCCCUAGCUCUCUCUCUCACGGUCUUUCUUUCUGCCUGUCUCCCUACUGCCACCACCCCUUCAUCCUGUCCCUCCCACUGGUCUCUCACACCUCUAGGAGAAGAUGUCAGCCCAGGACAGCUGCCUCAGCUUCAUCAAGUACCUCCUCUUCGUUUUCAACCUCUUCUUCUUCGUCCUAGGCAGCCUUAUUUUUUGCUUCGGUAUCUGGAUACUCAUCGACAAAACCAGCUUCGUGUCUUUUCUGGGCUUGUCCUUCAUGCCCUUGCAGAUCUGGUCUAAGGCCCUGGCCAUCUCAGGAGUCCUCACCAUGGGCCUUGCCCUCCUGGGCUGUGUGGGGGCCCUGAAGGAGUUCCGCUGCCUCCUGGGCCUGUAUUUUGGGACACUGCUGCUCCUGUUUGCCACACAGAUCACCCUGGGAAUCCUCAUCUCCACUCAGAAGGUCCAGCUGGAGCGGAAAGUGAAGGACGUAGUGCUGAAGACGAUCCAAACCUACCGCUCCCACCCGGAGGAGACGGCGGCGGAGGAGAGCUGGGACUACGUGCAGUUUCAGCUGCACUGCUGCGGCUGGAACUCUCCUCAGGACUGGUUCCGUAUCCCCAGCCUGAGAAGCAACGAAUCGGAAGGACACCGCGUGCCCUGCUCCUGCUUUAACUCAUCCGCGACCAACGACUCCGCAAUUUUCGAUAAAAUCUCCUUCCCCCAGUUCAGCCGGCUCGGAACGCUGGCGCCACCCCGGCACUAUGCAGACAUUUGCGUGGUCCCAGCGAACAGCUACAUCUACCGCGAGGGCUGCGAACGGAGUCUCCAGAACUGGUUGCACAACAACCUCAUCUCUAUAGUGGGCAUUUGUCUCGGCGUGGCUCUACUUGAGGUGAGUGUGGCGGGGCUGAGCCUGCUGCUACCACGCAGCGUGCUCCACCAGGAACCCCAGCCGCAGGUGCCAGGUGCCUACUAUUCGAGCCCCGGGCCCGGCCCGAGCACUGACGGCGGUGGCGGGCGCUUUGGUGUGCUGAGCAGCAGCGGGCGUAGCGGCAGCCUGUGGGGUGGCUGGGGCAUGGCGGGUGCCUGCCCCAACUGGGGGGACAAGGCCCCGCAGGGCAAGCUGCCCAUGGCUCUGGGUCCCUGGCCACUUUGGGAUCAAGACGAGGAACAACCUGAGACCGGGAGUGCAGCCGCGGAGAUGGAGGCCGAGAUGGAAUUAGAGGCCGAGACGGAGGGGGAGAUAGAUGAGCCUCCGGAAUAAAGGACUCUGGGCUUUCUCUGGGUCACGCUCCUUCUCAGACUCUAGACCUAUGCUAGACGCAGCUGGAUUCCCCCUACCCCACACCCUAUUCCUCUUUCCUGCUUCAACUCUGCUCCCACCCCUCCCCGGCCAGACCAUAUCUUUGGUGUCCUGCCCAUGACCUCGAGCCCUUUUACCCUUAAUUCCGCCACAUUCUCCAA